AGAUAGGAUAGGAUAGCCGUGACCAAAAGGAAGUAUGGUUUUCCGGUGGUCGAAAUAAGGUGCUAUUAUGUAAUACUCGAGUAAAAAAAAGUGCACGCAACUAAACCACUAAGCACGACGUCUCGAUCAGAGACGCACCAUCAGUCAGUCAACAUGGAACAAGUAUUAUCAGCUUUAUUGUAGUUCAAUGGAUACAAAUUGAGUGGAGAUUAUUCCUAAAAAAAGUUAGAGCAGUGAGAAAUGAGAGUACUUAUCGACACGUUUUUGGUCUAGAUUUUAGAGCAGAUUUCAAAGAGAGAUAUUCGACAAGAAAAAAAAACAGAAUGAAAAUUUUUCUACGUCUCGUAGUUCUACUGAGCUUUUGGUGCUUUGUUCAUUCCAAACGGAGUCGAAAGUUGGAAACUCUCAGUAGUUGUUCUCCAGAUGAUUAUCGUUACGAGUUUACGGACUGUGACGCUGCUGGGGGUCGAUGGAGAGUGGCCGUUCCGGAGAACCAGCUUUGUGAAGAUGUCCUUCCCCCCAUUCCUCCCCGACGGCUGAACGAGUGCUAUAAAUCAUGUGACGCUGGCCAGUUUUUGAACUUGACGUCCUUGGAGUGUGAGGACUGUUCCGCUGGGACGUACUCGUUGGGAGGAGGGAUCGUUUUCGACGAGUAUGAACAUCUCCCCCCAGGGUUUAAAGUCCAAGUGGAAAAGUUCAGGAGCAUGUUCUCAUCCAUUGGGAGGCAAUACUCGAACGUGAAUUGUAGCAAGUAUGGUUGGAAGACGCGCAAGGACAUGGUUGUGAGCCAAGGAGGUCCAUGUGUCGCAAUUUUAGUCUACACUGCACAAUUAGUCAAACCAGGCAGACUCAAGUUCACGUAUCAAUAUGCUGAUGACAGUGUGCUCUUUCAGUUCCAAGCGAAUAGCGAUCAAUGCGAGAGUCUGAGAGAGGCUGAGGGCAGCAGGUGGCCCGUUUUAACGGGCGAUGGGGUUUGGCGAACUGAGGAAAUCAUGCUGCACACCGGUCUCAAUAUUUUCCAGUGGAAAACGAUGGGAAUCGAGGCGUCCCAUCGACCGAAACCCGUAAUGAUUAAGAGGAUUGAGAUUGAAGGCGUUGGAUACACCAGCUCAUGCAACCCUUGUCCCGCUGGCACGUACAAUAAUCAAGAAGCUUCGAAGAUGUGCCUGCCUUGUGCAAAGGAUACAUUUUCCCUCCACCAAUCCACUAAUUGCAUCCCCUGCGACAGGUCGACCUACUACUCGGAGCCGGGGUCUGACUCAUGCACGCCCAGACCCGCCUGCUCAGAGACAGAUUACUACCAAAUCCACCAACCUUGCAGAAAUAAUCGGACUCAGAUAACGUAUGAGUGGGUGCGCCCCAAGAUUUGCUUGGAGACGAAACUUGGAGCCGUGAGUCUUCCCCCACCUGGAGAAUACAUAAAGUGUCCCCCGUGCAAUGCGGGGACCGAGUAUCGCGAUGGGAGUUGCAAACCGUGUAAAAGUAGGGAAUUCUCGGACGGGGUGACACCCUGCAUGACCUGUCCUCGUGACACGGAACCCAGUCGAGGUCACCACUUGACGCAGUGGUACUCCUGGCCAGAGAGCCUUCACAUUACCUGCAUCAGCCCCGAAGAUACCGGGUGCAGCAAUUCGCCAUCGUGGGAACUGCAUGGCAAUUACACUCAGACUGGGAAAGGCCAUGCGAAAUGGGUGUACCUCGUCAUGACUUUGAGCGUGGGAGGUUUUCGAGGAAUUGGACGAAUAAUAAAUGGAGAACUGCAUGAAGUUGGCCGUGUCACUUUUCAGUUCGAAAUGAGCUGUGCAAACGACUGUGAACUCUUAUUUAUGCAGGGCACCAGCAGCAAAAAUGCAACCGUCAUUCAACGCUGGAUUGGAUCGCAUGCUUUUGAAGAGUUUUCUCAUCCAAUAUAUCGCAACAGUACCUACGACUUUAGCUGGGCAUUUCAAAAACUGGCUUGGGAUUCCGCAAUUCUUCCUGAAGAUGGAAUGAACACAAAUUCAAUCAAUUACCAACCAGUCGUUGAUCGAGAUGAGGAAAACUAUGUCAAAAUUUAUCAAAUUAAUGUAAAAAACAGUAUCGAUGGAGGAGCAUCUUCAUGCAUUCCAUGCCACGAGGCAGCUACGUUAGGACAUAAUAUUGACACUUGUACCGUUUGCGAUCCAAAAAUAACGCCUCCAAGUAAUGAUAACGAUGCUGGAUCUCAUCCUCCCACCGGAAGUGAAAGUGAGUCCACCUCGUCUUCUUGGCCUUCCAGUCCUUGCCUCCCCUGUCCCAUCGGUCAUGUCAGAGUAGACCCUUUUUCUACAGACUCUAAAAGCUGUCGACCCUGUGGUCCAGGGUUGAUCACCAUGAACGGAGUUGACUGCGUCACUGAUUGCACCAUCAAAAGGGACAGUUUCAUCUUUGACCUUCGGCCUUUGAAAGGAACGUACACUGUGCGAGGAAGCAGUUUAUUCACAGCGAGUGGAACUCAAUACUUCCACGUCUUUAACAUUAGUUUAUGCUCGGAUAGCUAUGCGACUUGCGAGAAAAAUGUAUCUGCCCAACAUGGCAUCGACCCCUCGUCCCGAGUGGAAGCUCUGAUAUGCCAAAGCACCAUUUUUCCUCCGGCCUUGUCCAGUGGCUCGUCGAUGGAGCCAGAUUCUAGCAGCUCGGGCUAUUCGGACGGAUAUUCUGAAAUGAUUAUGAAACCCUUGUCGACACACGCGUCUUCGCUAGGUGACCACUUAAUGGGGAUCAGUCCGGCUCCUUCUAUUCUCGGAAUCCCAAUUGCAGACGAUAUUCGAAACCAAAUCCUCAACACGAGUCGCCACCAGCUUCACUUUUUCUACUCAACCCCUGAAAGAACGAUCGCGUGUCCGACGGGGAGAAGCACGACAAUCACGUUUCGGUGCAAAGUACCCACCGCCACGUGGAAUUUCCUCAUCAAUAGCACCUCAAUUUCGGACCUUGGCGUUCUAAAAACUUUAGAGGGCUGUUCGGAUGGGACGUGCGAUGGGUGUAACUUCCACUUCAUUUGGGAGACGCCCUUUGCAUGUCAUGUGUGCUCGGAAGAUGAGCUUACGAUUGUCAAAGGCGAGUGCAAGAGUGGAAUGCAGGACGUGCACUAUCUCCCCUCCACAAACUCGGAAUGCCUCCCCAGAAUCAAUUCGACUUGGCCAACGCUGCAGAAGUGUGUGACUCAUCUGCCAUUCUUAUGGGAGGUAGCAGUCCAGAUAGCUGGUGGCAUGGCUGGCGUCCUGCUCAUCGUCAUCAUCUGCUUUUGGCGACGACAUCGGAAGCUUGAAUACAAAUACAUGAAAUUAGUCGCAUCCGGAAGCUCGAGAGGAAAUCAUUCACCGAACACGGAACGAGUGAAGGAUGUCCUGAUUUCGGAGCGUGAUAUGAUGCCCGUUGCAGAGAGUUGUGCACUCGACCCAAAUGAUGACGACGACGAUGAGGAAAUUUAUGACCGGGGACAUACCUCCUCUGGGCACAGGCAGUUGGAGGAAGUGAGUUUUCACUCGGAUGGUGCCAUACGAAAUUUGGUUUCUAAAAUUUCUAUUUUAGAUAAACUCAAGUCGUUAACGAGAAAGGGAGAAACUGGAUCGAGUUUGGAAAUUAUGAACUUAACUGACAAAGAAGCCUGCUCAUAGGCGGAGAAACUUUACCAACAUACAUAUAUUAUCUACUCGGUGUCAAAAAAGCUAUUUAUUUAGUUCCACAAUGUAUGUCGUCAUUUUAUGUACACUCCUAGUGGUCGAAUCGUAUAUUUUUUGAUUAAUUAAAUGUUGAAAUAUUAUGUAACAGAAGAAGAAAGAACACGUGCAUAAACUCAGAAAUUAAUGUAUGAACUAUGAACAUAAAAA